AUGGCGUCUGUCGGCAGAUCCGUGCACACCACCGACCCUGCGGUGACUGCCCUGGACUCCCCAUCGUUACUCACCGAGACCCAUUUGGGGCGUCAGAGCGCUCACUCGCAGGGGACGAGUUACUCGAACCGUUUGUCGGGCAGCAUGCUGGACAGCUCAAAGUCGAAUGGUGGCCCCAAGCAUGGUUCUACUGCUCUCCUCCACGCGUCCCACGACCUACCCUUGAGUGUGACGCGCUUUCUCUGCCUCAGCAGCUCGUCGAAUUCUGGUGCAGCCAGGGAACUUCGGCGCCAGCUGCUGGUCGUGCGCGACUGCUGCGUCGCGCUCGGUAACAAGAUCAAUGGCAGAGAGCUGCUUUCACUUGGCGGAAGUCAAAUUUCGCACAGGGUGGAGGCGACGGCGGACUUCAACAGCUGCCUCGGCGUCAUCCUAUCCGCUUCUCUCAUCUUCCCGGGUGAGACAGAGAGCGUUGCGAAGGACACACUUCGCAGUGUCGUGGAAAGCCUCAAGUCCGCCCAAGAGACCGGCAAUGAGACUGUAUUCCGCGCCGCCGUCGUCAAGACAGUCAACCGCAUUCUCCUCUGCACGCCGCUGAAGCCGCCCGCGCGCAACGCUGCCAAGGAGGCGGUGCGGAGGUGCAUUGGGAGGAGACAGGAGCACACUGCACCGGAGCCGAAAUUGAAGGAUGAGUGCCUCGACUUUCUGACUGUCGAGAACGGCGUUCCGGUGCUGCUGGAAGAUGUGUGGGGGCGCUGGCGGCGCUACUUCGAGGAGGGCUACGCUCGCUACGUGGACAACCUCAUGGCUGAGCAGCACCAGGCCUUGGAGGCCGCGGCGGCCGCAGCCGAGUCCGAUGGCGAGGAGAAGGACGCGGAAGCCCAGCGUGCCGACGACGUGCUCGCCGCAGGAGGCCAGACCAUAUCUACAGCUCCGUUCUUCACUCCCUGGCAGGAUCACUGGAGGCUGCCAACGAGCGCCUACGCGCAGUUCUGCUACCUCCUGCUCGCCAUCUUUUUUGUGCGCACCAAGGACUUCUCGCUCAACUACCUUGCCCGUGUCAUGAAGCUAGUGCAGUACUUCACGUACCAGCUGGAGUCGGUGGACGGUGAGCCCAUUGCGGUGAGGAUGGACACAGUUGCGACGGAGGACCAUGCACAGUCCGAGGAGGAAGACGACGAGAGGGCGCAGCCGCAGCCGGCGGGCCCACCAACGGAGGAGCGCACGCACUCCUUGCCAAUGCCCGAGUACGACAAGGCGGUUACGCAGCGCACAUUCACGAUGCGCUGUCGGUCCAGUUCGCGGGGGCUCUCGCCCACGGUGGUGUCGGUGAAGACGGUAGAGAAGCCGCGCCGCCAUUGUCACAGGUGCUUCUUAACGGAUGCGCUUCCAGGAGACCUGCGCCCGUCGGUCGAGGCGGUGAAGCAAGAGGAGGCUGAGGCGUCCGCCAGGGACUCAGACGAGCACUCGCACCUGCCAGUGGUGCGUCACUCAGACAAGCUGGACCUCCAUGAUUCCGCGAUCAGUCCCCAACGCCAGCGCCACCAGCUCGACUCCUGUGACGCGUCGACGGAUUUCAUGCAGGACGCGUGGGACCAGACAGCCGUGGGGGCGCUGGAAAGGUGA